GUUUGGUUUGUUUUGUUAAAAACAAAAUUAACUAAAAUAAUAAUUCCUCAUCACUUCCUCAUUCAUUGAAUUUGCAAAUUUUCAACACUUUAUUAAUUAAAUACAGGGCUCUAACUGUGAAUUAAUUGAUCGCAAACACCACACCAUUAAUUUCAUGUGUUUGUAGAGAAAAAAAAGUGCUAUCGUUUUGAAAAUCUGAUUUUGUAUUUUGUUUGGCAAACAAAAUGUCAAUUGAUAUUCUGGUUGUGUUGUUGUGUUGGUCGGCAUUAAACAUCAUUCACGGCGUCUAUGGAUACGAGUGUCACAUCAACCAAAAGAGACUCGUCGGGGAGGCCUUUAAUGUGGGCCGAUAUGUGUAUUUAGGUCAGGGAUCCAAAAUGGCCUGGGAGUGGGACACCCGCACCAAACGUAUCAGUGACCGGCCGUACGACCAAAACAUCAUAUUUGGAAAGGGUUCGUUUAAUUGGCUCCACACUGCCAUCAGCUUUGACUUCGCUGUAUGCGAUCGCAGCGACCAAAGCGCCAGUUAUUGUCAAGUCGUGGACAGCGCUAAAAGUUUGGUGAUAGGAGUGGGCAGUCGUCACGGCAUUGCUGAGGGCACCGAUAUUUACGGUUACAUUACUUACCGGUUGAGUCCGGACGGCAAGAGUUUGACGCCAAUCAGUGAGAGCGACGGCGAGAUGUUGUGGGGUUUGAGCCGAACGGGCACUUUGUUGGGCGACUUUUGGCCAAAAACAAAGGGCAAACUGUACUGCGAGUCCGGACUCUUUGUGCGAUCGAGACAUGAGUUACUUUUGUCGGUCUUUGACGGAAAUAUGUUUAGUGAUGAAAAGUUUCGUCUCAUGUCUCGCAAGUUUGAAAGCGACGGCAAGUGGGCCGACGACUGGACACCAUUGGCCGCCAAGAGUUUUAAAGGCAUGUUUGAAAUCGACGGACGAGUGUUUGGUUUCGAUAAGAAGAACACUGUCUAUGAAUUCAAUUGGAUUGAUGACCGAAAUGUGACUUUUGAGGCCAUUUCAAGUAUUAAAGAAUUAGUCAAUUGUUUCGGUAAUUCAUCGCUAAAUAUUGAUGAAAAUGAAAUAAUGACUUCACAACCAAAGACCAUCACUUCAGUCACUGCCAAGACUACUGUCACCACCACUACUACCACAACCACAACAACUAUCGCCAGCACUAAACCAAUUAGCAAUGAAAACGACAGAUCACACGAACAGGACAUGAAUGAUAUGAAUGCCGAAGAAAUGGCCACAAGAGAGUUGUUCGACGACUCGGAGACAACCGUCGACUUUGAAUUCAUACCGAAUGCCAAUAAUUCCCAGAACUCGACACAACUGAAGGAAUUGAUAGAUAAAGUGAAUAUCGCGACAAACAAACCGGUGAAAGAAUUGACCCCUUUCUAUGUGUUUGCCAUUAUUCUCAUAUUUAUUGUAAUCGCAAUACUAGUUGUCGUCAUAAUUCGCCGGAAAUCAAUGACAAGAGAGUGGUAUAUAAACUCGAGGACAGAUGACAUGAAAUCGGCAGAAAUUCCGUUAAAUAAUAAUAACAAGAAUUCAAACUCAAAGGAUGUUUAAGUUUG